GUUAUGAUUUCAUGACAUAACAUAAGUCUCUCUUCUAUAUAAACCAAAGAACACAACACAAUAAACUCAUUCAAACCAAAGCCAUCAAACAUGUAUCCAGAGAUGAUAAUCAAUCCCUUUUUCCUUCUUCUCCUCCUCCUCCUCCCCUUGAUCUCCUUCCUCGUUUCCAAAAAGCUCAUUUCAAGAAGAGACCUGCAAAUACCACCAGGCCCGUACCAAUGGCCCGUAGUCGGAAACAUCUUCCAACUAGGCAAACUCCCUCACCACACAAUAGCCCGCCUAGCCCGAGCCCACGGCCCGCUCAUAUCUCUCAAACUCGGAUCCAAACUCCUCGUCGUGGGGUCAUCCCCGGCCGCGGCCAGGGAGAUCCUCAAGACCCACGACCGAGCCCUGUCGGGUCGGUUCGUGAGGCCCGAGUUCAAAACCCGGGCCGACGAGUACGACGACCAGUGGAGUCGCAUGAGGUCCGUUGGCCGGUCGGAGCUGUUUUCCGGCAAGGCCAUCGAGUCUCAGGCGACGCUCUGGUCGGAGAAAAUCGACGAGAUGGUUGAGGAUUUGAGAGCGACGGAGGGUUCGGUAGUGGAGAUUGAGGAGAAAGCUUACGUUGUCACUCUAAAUAUUUUGGGGAAUUUGAUCUUUUCGGGGGAUUUGGUGGGGUUUGAUGGGAAGGGACUGCAUGGGGAGGGUUUGCAUGGGGAGAUGAGGGGGCUUAUUAGGGGGUUUGCGGAUUUGGAUUUAACACCAAAUCUGACAGACUUGUUUCCUGUUUUGGGUGAUUGGGAUUUGUUUGGAAUGAAUAACAAGUUCAGGGAGGUAUUUAAGAGAAUGUUAGCUACCUGGGACGGAAUCGUAAGUGAUAGAAGAAAGCAAGGACGAAGAAGCAGUGGUGGUUCGAGCCGACGCGACUUAUUGGAUACUUUGAUUGGACGAGGGCUCACAAAUGACCUGAUCAACCCUUUUGUCCUGGAGUUAUUUAGCGCUGGUCUAGUCUCGGCUACCUCAACAAUUACCUGGGCGCUCGCCGAACUCGUCAAAAAUCGGGAAAUCAUGCAGAAUCUGCUCGACGAACUGGAAAAGGAACUAGGCCAAGACAACGUCAAGCAAUCCGAUCUGCCUCGUUUGCCAUACCUAGACGCUUGUAUCAAGGAGACGAUGAGACUGCACCCUCCUGCGCCGUUGCUUCUUCCUCACCGCGCCUUGGAAUCUUGCAACGUGAUGGGUUACAACAUUCCCGAGGACACUAUCGUGACGGUUAACGUCUGGGCUCUCGGACGAGACCCCUCUAUCUGGGACGAUCCACUGAGCUUCAACCCCGAGCGGUUUCUAGUGUCCGGGUUGGACUACAAGGGGAACGACUACAAAUAUCUACCGUUCGGUUCGGGAAGGAGAAUGUGCCCCGGACAACCUAUGGCGGCCAAGGUAGUUCCUCUGAUUCUUGGGACUUUAAUCCACUUGUUCGAUUGGUCCUUGCCGGGCGACAUGGACCCAGCCGACCUCGACAUGGAAGAGAAGAAUUCGAUAACGUUGGUGAAGGAGAAACACUUGUGCCUUGUCCCGAAGAUAAGGAAGCAGCUGGAAGUUUGAUUACUUAGCUAGCGUACUGAUUAUGUUAUCUCUUUCUUUUGGGAGUCUUGCCUGUAGUAAUUGUGGGUGGGUUUGGGUUUAUUAGUGAGUUUGGGUUCAAUUUGUCACAUCUAGCUCGUGCAGUACGAUAAAGUGUGUGUUUCUUGUUCGGUAGUUGAAGUGUGUUUCUUGGCUUUUGUUUGAUGUAGUAAUGAAGAAGUGUUUGCUGAUUUAA